ACGAAGUGGGGAUAUCUCCUGAUAGGAAGAUGAAUAAAAGAGGAGUUCAGUUCGCCGCAAGAUCUGCCGUUUGGUGACUUAUUACCGUUGACACCUUUUCCGUCUGUGUAGAAUUCUUCAAAAAUUCAACAUGCCUUCCUACAAGCUGAGUUAUUUCACCGCCACAGCAUUGGGCGAACCAAUUCGAUUCCUAUUCAGUUAUGCUGGCAUCGAAUUUGUGGAUGAACGUUUCGAUUAUGAGAAAGAUUGGCCAAAACUAAAACCGACUAUGCCAUUCGGCAAGGUACCCGUGCUUGAAGUAGACGGAAAGAAGAUCGAUCAGUCCGUAGCUAUUGGCCGUUACUUGGCGAAGCAAUGUGGUCUUGUCGGCAAAAACGAUUGGGAGUCUCUGGAAAUCGAUGCGACCGUUGACACCAUACACGAUUUACGUGCCAAUAUCGCUGGUUUUCACUAUGAGAGUAACGAACAGGCUAAAGAAGAGAAACUUAAAGCUGCCAAAGAGACGGUGCCGUAUUAUUUGGAGCGUUUGGACGCUCAGGUGAAGAAGAAUGGUGGUUAUUUUGUCGGCGGUACUCUGACGUGGGCCGAUCUCACUUUCGUUGCUCUUUUGGACUACUUGAACUACAUGAUGAAUGAGGACAUCGUCGAAAAGUAUGAGAACCUGAAACAACUACAAAAGAAGGUUGAGGAAUUACCGGCCAUCAAGAGCUGGAUCAAGAAACGUCCGCCGACCAUGUAUCAGAAAUAAUUUGGAUACUUUCAUAAAGUAAUGGUUUAUUUUUCGACAAAAUUAUAAUUAUUAUUCGUUGACGUUUGAUUUGAAUAAAAUAUUGAUUUUAUCUUUUCGGGAAAUCAAGUUUAUAUUCAUGUAUUGUAUAAGAAAUUUAGGAAAUACGCAUUGGAGAUACAAAUGUAUAUUUUAUCAAUCGUUGAAGGCUUGUUGCAUGUAUCGUCACAUGAUAAAAAUUUUAUUAUUUUGUAUCUAAUUAAAGCUUGAAUUAUUCUUUU